AUGGCCACAGAAGACCCCAUCCUCGCCCGCCUCCUCGCGAACAAUGCCCAGUGGGCAAACGAUGUCGAGACCGCCGAGCCCGGCUUCUUCGCAAAGUGCGCAGAGGGCCAGUCCCCAAAGGUGCUGUGGAUCGGCUGUGCCGACUCGCGCGUGCCCGAGUCCGUCCUCACCGCCUGCAGGCCCGGCGACAUCUUCGUCCACCGCAACAUCGCCAACCAAUUCCACCCGACGGACGAGAACGCGCUCGCGGUGCUCGCCUACGCCGUCGACGAACUCCGCGUCUCCCACGUCAUCAUCGCAGGGCACACCCAAUGUGGGGGCGCUGCCGCCUGCCAUGCCGCCGCCGCCGCCAUUGACGACGACGUGGAGCCCGCGACGCCCCUCGCUCGCUGGCUCGCCCCGCUCACAGCGCUCGCGCGCGACCUCCGCUCCGACGUCCGCACGCUCGUCGAGGCCAACGUGCGCGCGCAGGUCGCGAACCUCGCUGCCGCGCAGACGAUCCGGGACGCGUGGGCCGCGGGGCGGAGCGUCGCCGUGCACGGCUGGGUGUAUGAUAUCGAGAAGGGGCGUAUACGCGAUUUGGGCGUCAGCUUGUAUGGCGCGUAG